GCUUUUCGCUGCCGUGCUCUGGCCUUUGACCUGGUGGGCGCAUGUGAAUACAAUGUCAUGAACCAGUACCAGUCCGAGCUGGUCCAACACCUCCAAGAGUCAGCCCCGCCGGGGUACAACGAAGUCACAGUACAACAGGUGCUGAGGGCCGAUCGCGCAGCGUUUUUGCUGUUGGCCGAGCGCCUGACCACCCUGAAGCCGAAGCCUGACGGGACUAAGCCGCUUGAAGAAGCCUUGCCCACAGUUCUGUCGCAUCCCAGUGUGAGCUUCCAUUUGCUUCCACUGGCCAAGCAGCCCGAUCGUCCUCCAAAGGACAGCAAGUGGCUGAAGCGUUCCCAGACCAGCCUUGCCACGCAAGAGAGCCCCAACAAGUUUUUGAAGGUGAAAGGCCUGCGCGUCUGUGCUGAGCCCGGAUGCGGCAAAGCGCAUAGCACAGGGAGACUCACCGCAGUUCUUCGCCAGUUUGGGAUGAAUGAAAGCUUUGGAGUUGACUGCCAGACUCCAGCCCGCUUGACAAGUCCCUUAAUUAGACUAGAUUUGACCGAUCCAAUCCAAGUGAAGCAUUUGGAAACCUUGAUGUCCGAUCCUUUUUGCAUCUUCUGCCAUUUUGCGCCACCCUGCGGUACCGCCUCGCGGGCCCGCUUGAUCCAACGGAAAGGCAGGUUCAACCCGCCGGUGCUACGCACCGAUCAGCACCCCGACGGCCUGCCUACCCUCACGGGUAUUGACGCAGACCGAGUUCGCCAAGCCAAUCUUUUGUAUCGUGUCACCUGUCAGCUUGCCACCUUUUGCUACCGCAACCACAUUCUUUUCUCCAUUGAAAACCCGGGCCGUUCGUUCAUGUGGCAAACGACAUGCUUUCAAGAAUUCUUGCAGCAGAUCCCCGUCGCAACAACUCAGUUUCACCACUGUUGUUAUGGCAGUGCAAGACGCAAACUCACCUCCUUGGUCCACAUGGUCCCCAGUUUUUCCGCCUUACAAGCAUUUUGCCAAGGUGAUCACGACCAUGAGCCGUGGGGCCAAUGCGCCAUGGCCCCCAAUGGAUGGGCAACUUCCCACGAGACCGCCUAUCCUUGGGCCUUGUGUCGGUCGCUGGCCUUUGCGUUAAGUGACUGGCUGCAGCAACAAGGUUUGAUUUUCCCGCCUUUGUGUUUCGCACAGCAAGAAGCCAGUUUGCAAACUUUGAGAGCAGCCACUGGCACACAAUCCCGCAAGCCCCUGCCACCUCUGGUGCCUGAGUUCGCAGCCAUCCUGCGUCACCCUGCUGACGCCCCGCUCCCUCCACUUUCCAGGAAGCUUUACUCCCAGACCGGGGCAUUUCGCGAGUGA